GACUGCCGCAAAAGAAACACACGAAGAAGAAGCUGAGUGACGGUCAGCUGGACGACAGAAAAACUCUCUGACCUUUGACCCUGACUGUCAGGUCAUGGAUGCACAGAGCGGGGAGCCGUUUCUUGGCAGCGUGGCGGCGUUGGACAGCUGGACGCUGGAUGCUCCGUUCUCCUGCUCUGAGGUGGAUUUCAGCUGCUCACAGAAACCGCUACAGGAUUGGAGUGUAACAGCGGGCGAGUGUACGCUGAAUGACAGCGAAUCAGAGGACGUCCUACACGGCGUCAACCCAAACGAUGUGUUUCCCAGCGGACUGCCUGCUGACCCCUCAUCUGAGAGCGACAGUGGCAUCUCUGAGGAUCCUGUUGUGGAGAGUCCCAUCACUAUGGUGACAGCGGUGGGCACGGAGACGGCUCAGCUGACCCCAGCAACUGUCUACCAGGUGGUGUAUGACAUCAGUGAGUCCGGGCAGCAGCAGAACAUGGACGUCAUCUCCAUUGAGCUAGAUGAAUGGAGCUCUCAGAUGUUGAUGCCGGACUGCGUUGUGAACGAAUUGCCGAUGUUUUCUGCGGCUCGACUCGGCGACGGUGUGCCAGGCAGCAAUGCUUCCAGCACCGACGAUGACCUGAUGUACCCGGACCUCCAGCUGACUGAGGAGGAACAGAAGCUCCUGACGCAGGAAGGAGUUUCUCUUCCGAGCAACCUUCCCCUCACCAAGGCUGAAGAACGAAUUCUGAAGAAAGUUCGCAGGAAGAUCCGUAACAAGCAGUCGGCUCAGGAUAGCAGGCGGAGGAGGAAGGAGUACAUCGACGGGCUGGAGAGCAGGGCAGCGGCGUGCUCAGCUCAGAACAAAGAGCUGCAGAGGACGGUGGAGCAGCUGGAGAAACACAACAUGUCUUUGUUGGCUCAGCUACGGCAGCUUCAGUCGCUCAUCAAGCAGACGGUCAGCAAAGGAGCUCAGACCAGCACCUGUUUACUGAUCAUCAUGAUCUCAUUGAGUUUGAUCAUCAUCCCAAAUUUCAGCCUGUUUAGCCGCAGCUUAUCCAUUGAUGAAGCCAAAACACCCAGAGGAGUUAUUUCCAGAAACAUCCUGACCAAUACCGACUCCUCGCUGCAAACAAAAGAUGAUUCUGACAUUCCCGCUGUCCAGUCAGACUCAUCUGGUCUCAUCCAGUCAGGAGCUUCAGACAGCGUCGAUGUUCUCAAACAGCCAAUAGAAACCCCAGAAAUCACGGGUUUGGACAGCACAGCUCAGCAGGACAGCCAAUCAGGGAACGACUCAACACUGGCUGCCGGGCAGACAGACCCGCUGGUGCUGGAUCUGAAGACGUCGGGUAGUAAACGAAGCCACGACACUGGCCAACUGCCGCACGCUGAAGAGAUGUAAACUCUUAGCCGCUUAGCUUACGGUGCGGCUUUCUUUGACUGUGGACAAACUCCUGUUUCACAGAAACUCUCAUCCUGAAAACAAACUGUUGUGGGCUUUGGGAGUUGCUCAAGGACACUGUGUCAGGACACACUGACUGAAGUCAAACCCAUGAUGUGUCAUGCUGGGGACUCACUGUAAAUACGGGAUGCUCUUUCGAAACAAGUUUAUCUGUGGUCUGAAAACUGAGACCAGCAGUCUGUCUUUACUGCAGGUCCACACCUAUCCCUGUUUCUCUUAACAGAGUCUCGAGUCAUGACCCCACUUAGAAUAGUCUGCUGGGAUCCUGUUCUGUAGAAGUUCAGAUCUCACCUCGCCCCGGGCAGCACCUCUGUGCCAGCAGAAAAAAAUGACAAAAGCUGACAUUGAUUUCACUGAGUAGCUUUAAUUUUAAAGACCUUCACCAGAGUUUCUUCAGGAAGAACAUCGGGCUUAAAAUGUGCCAAGUUAACACGUGGAUCCAUACGGGGUCUGCUGUGAUGAACCCCAUUAAAAAUAGAGACGCCAGAAAAAAACAAAACAAAAAACAAAAAAAAACUACUGACUUAAAUAUCACAAAAUCUCCACCCUGGAUCCUUUUCUGAGACGAGGAUCCAAACAUCUGCUCUCUUUGCUCUACUGGGAUUUUUGAAGUCUGGCACAAACACAGGCUGGAGAAACUGGACCUUUUCCAGGAUCUGUGAAUUCGUUGUGUGCUUUGGGAGAUGACGUUUAUUAUGGAACAGUAAUUUCUCUUUUUUUUUUUUCUUUUUUUUUAUUUGUCAAUACAAACUUUGUCCCAAAUGAAUAAUUCUGUGCCUCGCAUAGAAAUGUGAUGUUGGAACUAAACACAGAAUCUCUGGAAUCUGCUUCAGUAAAUUGUUUUCAUGUAAAAAUGUUCUAAUGUGGUUAUUAUUGGAUGGUUUGGGGAUCAAAACCCUUUUGCGUUGUAGAUUUUUUUUUUUUUUUGUGGUCAACAGCAAACUAAUCUCAUUUGGAACUACGACAGUACUACAGCAAAUUUUUCUACAGCUUUGUCUACCUCUGCUAUAAUUACUUCUGCUUCUUCUAUUUAUUGCACUCUUACUACAAUCAUCUCUCCUAUGUCUGCUGUGACUGUGGUGAAGCGAUUGCAUUUAUACACUUUUCUAUCUCAAUCAGAAGCUCUUUACAGUGAUGCCUCAGUCACACGUUCUCUCUCUCUCACACACACACACACACCAAUGUCAGGGUGCUGCCCUGCAAGGCGCUCACUAGGAGCAACUCUGGGAUUAAGGACUUUAAGGAUGUUGCCUGAGGCUCUCCGUGAUUGUCUGGUCGGGUGGAGGUUUGAACUGAGGAUCCUCUGGUCUCCACUGGAUCAUCACCUCCUCACUACUUCUGCUACUUCUACCUCUACUAUAACUCCUUCUACCACUUCUGUGAUUAAUACUUCUACAACUUUUACUACUUCUAAGAUGACUGCAUCUACUACAGUACUUUGUCUACUUGUCCUUCUGCCUCUAUGACUAUUUCUACUUGUUCUUAGUUUGACUGCUUUGAUUUAGUUUCUGGGACACAGUACAGAGGUUGUGACCUUUGACACUUGGUGUCUGUAAAGUGUCGGGCGUGAGUCAGAGGUCUUCCUGAGACCUUGCACAGGUUUUGGACUUGGCUUUGUGGGUUUUGGGUAUUAGCCUUGUUAUGUGAUAAUCUUUAUAUUUCUGAUUUAAUUUUUGUGAUUAAAUAUUUAAAAUCAAAAUGUGAGAUAUUUUUCUGAUAUAACCUUGAAUGAAAACAUUUUGGCAUUAGAUUCUUUUUGUUUUGUUUUUUUAAUAAUAGGGUUUGAAGUGUGAUGCUCAGCUGCAUUGCACAGAGCCGUGAAAUCGAGUCUGGGAGGAAAACCUAGUGUGUAAAGACCAGAAAUAUGUAGAUCAGCUCUUGUUGGAUAGAAAAUAUGGAAUUCUGCAAUUAAAGAUGAUAAUGAAUUUGCCACAAAAAAAAGUUUUUUUUUAAAUUGAAUUGGACCUGGAGUAAAUGUGGUUUGAUUUAUUUUGCACUUUGUGUAAUAUGUUUUAAUAGAAUAAAUGGUUGUUUUUACAGUG